UAUCUUGCGCAAUGGCAUGUAACGUGUAACUGCGCAAGUCUGAACCAACACCAUGUUUGUUUGGAAACAGAAGGAAAGUAUGGUUGCAAAUUGCUUAUCAAUGUAACGUUUCAAGAAAUCGUGGCAUGUAAGGAAUUAUUCCCAGUAUUAAUGAAAUGGCUUCGGGAUCGGGAGAAUUUCACGGCGAAGAAGAACCGCCGCGUGCAAAGCACAAGGUUGAAAAUAUCGGAACAUCAUCAUCUGUCGGAAACGAAUCGUUGGAACAGCAACCAGACGAUCCAAUAACACACGUACCUAAAGCCGCAAAUGGAGAGCCAUGCAUUGCGGCGAUGGAGAAUUAUCUACUGGCACAUUUCUUUUUCAUAUUUGCUGCUAGUUUUAUCCUUGGUGUCAUAUUUCUACACUCAUCAUUAACAUUUUGGUCUUGGCAGGUUUAUGAUGAAAGUGGACCAUAUACUACACAUCUUACAGAGAUACCAGAUGCACUUCCUCAUGAACAAAAUUACCAACCUGGAUACAGAAACGGUGUAAACUCCUUCAAUGAAGUCCUUUCUGCUAUCAUCAGCCCCAAUAUGACAAUUUCAUUAGCAAGGUAGCAAUCCUUAUAGCAUUAAUAACUCAAUGCUGCUGUAUGCGCACAAAAGCAUAACUCCUAACUUGUUUCAUUGGCAGUAGUGUUCAUGUUCUAAGCAAGUACAGUUGGGCUAAGCACCUAGCAUUCAGUGCUGAAUGUGUUAUAAUUUAAAAGUGUGUUAGAAACACUUAUUCCUUCAGCCUAGGAUUGGGUUUGCAGCAUUGUAGAAAGUAUGAUGUAGACACUAUUACUUGGCAUUGAAGAACUUGGUGAUAUUUAACACAACAUUUCAUUGGCAAGGUUUCAGGCAACUGAAGUAGUAAUUCUCACAUGGGGAGUCAUAUAUUUAUUUGGUUGGUUUUAUUUGCUGUUUCCAAGCAUGGUUAUUCAGGGUAAAAUUUUUAUAUCCAUAGUGCUAGUGUGCAGGGUAAAAUAGUUAUGGUUGAAUAAUCAAAGCGUGAAUCCUAAUUUACUUGAUCCUUGUAUGACCAGUAAAGCUCAAAGAGCUGCUAUUUUGAUUCCACGAUCUUAAUGGGUUUUGAAUAUUGAAAUCAAGGAAAACAGGCCCUUUUGCUUUUCCAGUAGUUUAAGCUGCCCCCAUUAUUAUGCAUAAAUUCUCCUUGUGAAUAUAUCUUCCAAUGCAUUUUGCCAGGUUGCUUUUCCUGCUCAAUAAAGUCAUAUAAUACAGUCAGUAUUCACUUUAUAGUGCACCAAGUUUUUCCUUUGUAAUUAAACAUUUUAGUUUCGCUUUGUCUGUUAAACAACCAUAGUUUCUCUGGGAUCUGUUUUCUUUAAUGAACCGCAAUUUUUGAAUUAGGUUUCAGAGCUUUGCGUUUGCUUGUUGUAACCAUAUGGGUUAAUUAAGUAGUUUUGAGAUAUAUUAUGUAAAUAAAUAAUGAAUAACUGAUUUUGUAUGUCAGAUAAAACACUUUGAAUUUACAGUCAACAAGCUGGAAUGCAGAAUACAGACCUUCGUUUGAAAACAUUUAUUAUUAUUUUGGAGAAUUGAUGCAUUUUUUGUAUCUUAAAAACGUAAUCACUGCUCUCCUGUUUAGGUAAUUUAUGACAAUAAGUCAUAUUAUUGCAUUUCAUCACAAGGUUCUAUUUUCACGUAAAAGUUUUCUUAAAAAAUCAUCAAAUGCCUCUAAAGAUGUUGGUGUCUAUGAAAAAUUGGUUCUGAUCCUGUUUUGCUUUUCUCGUUUAGUGAUUAAUUUUUUUGUUGAGAUGGUAAUCAGUUUUACUGAAAGGGUCGCAAUGUCCUGUCUGGCAUUGUAAGAAAAUGUGUAUUAACCCAUCAAAGAAAAGGGCUUUCAAAUAAGGCAGUGCUGUAUUUGUAUUCCACUUUUACUUUACAUUAGAAUCUUGAUCGAUUUAAACUUCUCUUUUGUUUCUUAUGCUUCAUUCAUAUUCAGCGUAGUACCUAGUUUGCUUCACAGAUGUAGUUAAGCGUUUACUUUUCAUAGAUCUGCUAUAAUUUUAUGCUCUGGAAAGAUAUUUAACAUUUUAUGCAAAAGUGCAGUUCAUUCUUAUCAACCACCCAUUUA